CUGCUGGGCCUGUGCUGGCUGUGCAGGCUUGGAGUGUCAAGUCGCUUGGAAAUGGUCAAGCCGAUCGAACACAACAUCAAACAAAAACCCAACAAAACAGGAUGGCAGCAGCAGAAGAACAACAACCAGACAAGAAACAACAGAACAGCAACAAGAACAAGAACAAGAACGGUCAACAGCAAGAACAGUCAACAACAGCAGCAACAACAACAACAACAGCAACUUACCAACAACCUCGCUUCAGGUUCGAAAACUAUCUCGACAGCAAUACCUCAACCUCACCACUCUCCUUCUUCGACUUCCCAACCGAACAGAUCAACACCCUCUACGACUGUCUCAACCAACCAGCCACAUCCACCUCAUCAUCAUCAUCCAACCCAAGCCUACUCGGACUAACAGCCGAGAACCCCUCAACCGGCACUCCUUUCAACCCAUUCUACACCCAACCGAGCACCAGACCACUCGGAGAUAACCACUACCCCCUCCUCAUCAACCCAAUCACACCCAUCACUCCAUCAUUCACUACCAACCUCAACCAAGCCCAAGCCCAAGCCCAACAACAACAACAACAACCAUUCCUAGACAUCCAACGAGCUCAACUUGAAUCAAAUCACCAUCAUCCUCACCAACUCGGCUCAAUCGAUCCACUCCAAACGAUCAGCUCCCAACUCCACUAUCCCGGAAGUCGUUUCAAGAGUAGUAGUGAGGCUGAUGUUUUCAACACCUCCCAACCCACCACUAAUACUCAUCCUCUCAAUCAUCAUCCCCCCUUGAAUAGCCUUCAGGUCGUCUUCCCUCCCAUCUCUCCAGCAACCAGUCAACCUGAAAAUGAUAACCAAACCCUCCUCUCACCAGUCCCCUCCACUCUCAAGACCCCAUCUACGAGCACUGGACCUACUACUACUACUACUACUGCUAGUAAUCCUAUGAAUUUUCAUUCUCAGUCACAGAAUCAAGCCAAUCGUUCUUCAGCCUCGAUCAACCGACCGAAAUCACCGAAAUCAAAACCGAUGAGUCACAUGCUCUCCCAAGAUUUCAGGAGGAGGAAGGAUUGGCACAAGCGAUUAGUGGAAGACGUGAUGGAUGUCUUGCAAGUGAUCGGACCGACGGGCGAGCUCCUGUUUGUUAGCGAAAGCAUGGCCAGAUUGACCGGCUUUACGACCUCCGAACUCUUGGGCGCUAAGAUGUCGAGCUGGUGUUAUGAGGACGAGGAUCGCUCGAACCUCGAUAGAGAGAUCUCGAAUUGCUUCAAGGAUGGCUCGGCUGGGCUGAUCAACUUUUAUUGUCGAUUCAAGAAGAAACGUUCGACUGGCUAUGUGAUUUUCGAAAUGAUGGGACACAUGAUAAGAGUGAAGACGAAUCCAGGAUAUCUGAGAGGAGAACCGAAGAACGAGAAGCAAGUGAUUAUCAUCAAUGCGCGGCCGUAUCCGACGAGUUGCGGAAGAUUGACGGACGAGUUUCUAGAGUUGAUGUUAGAGAACGAGGCGAUGAAGAGAUUAAUUGAUAGUCGAGUCGGAGUAGGAACGAACGAAGAAGAAGAGGGGGGAGAAAGUACCAAGCAAGCCGACCGAACCAGUGGGAGUGGGAGUGGGACGACGGCAAGGAUCGAGGCUGGUGGCGAAGCUGCUGAGUCGAGCAACAAGAAGAAGAAGAAGACCGAAGAGCCAGACGAGCCUGCCGAGGAAGACAGCCACCAUGCAGCUAAAGACAGCGAUCCUGAGGACGAUGUUCACCCUCCUCUCCCGCUUUCUGCUCCUCCCUUGGAACCCGUCGAUUCUGCCCAACGCACCCGCGUUCGUGGCCCUAAUAAACGAGAACGCGUCGACUUCCUCUGUCUCGAUUGCGGCGUCACUCAGUCCCCUGAAUGGAGGAAAGGUCCGAUGGGCCGUAAAACUCUUUGCAACGCAUGCGGAUUACGAUAUGCCAAAAAAGCCAAAUGAGCGUUCUUCUUCUGAUCAUUUUGACGUUAGUCGAAGAUCACAAAAAAAAAUGAGCUGUCUAUACACUAUCAUAAUCUAUUUAUCCACCAGUUCUUGGCUCUGUGAGUAUUUCCUACCCCCCACCCCACAAAAGAAAACGAGCAUCAACUAGAAUUAUCAUUAUCACUCUUACUUUAUCAUCCAAAUAAAAAGAACUGCUACCAGGGGUUUUUUUCCAGCUUAUUUUUCCCCUCAUACUCACAGAUCUUUCUUACCCCAUCUCCUCUCUGUCUCUCUGUCUCUCUCUCUCUCUAUCUCUGUCUCCCUUGUCUCUCUUUUUCUCUCCUCAUCCCCUGUUGUAGCUACCCAAAAGUCAUAUAUACAUAUAUAUACAUAGUUACAUAUAUCCACACACACACUGAAAGUUGUCUGAUUGACUUUUUAUCUCAUCUAUAUCUAUAUUAUAUAUGGUGAUGUUAACUUAACUAACAUCAUCAAUAACAAGCAGAAGAAAAAAGAUCUCUGGGUGUUUAUAUUUGUUUUGUUUCUUUAUGGUUCUUGUAUGUAACAUCUGCACCGGUCUUUAUAAUGUGUUUUGACUCUGAACUCUGGACUCUGAUGAGUGACUCAAUUCAUUAUCAUUAUGUUUUUCCUUUAUACUGAUGGGGAUAUCAUGUGUAUAUAA